AACCUUAGCUAUUAGAGGUCAAUGCCUAACCUUAGCUAUUAGAGGUCAAUGCCUAAGCUUAGCUAUUCGAGGUCAAUGCCUAACCUUAACUAUUCAAGGUCAAUGCCUUCUAGACACAACCGUGUAAUGGAUGGACAAUAAUAAGUAAUCACCAGUCCUAGAACAACAAUAAAUACCACAAUUAAAUUUGGGCUGCACUCUCCAAUUGCAGAAUAUAUUCCUCAGUUUUGCUUGCUGAGCGCUGAUGUUGCAAUGGAACAACCAAUUGACUUUUACUUUUUGGCAAUAAACGUUCUUUGUCCAUGGGGACACGACAGGUUCCUUACGAUAUCACAGCCACAAUGUGUGGCAGCUAGUUUCAGGGCAACAGAUGGACUACGCUUGCAAUAUUUCAUCUUGGUUUAACUCUACAGCACAUAUUCCCAUCAGUGGGAGAUAAUAUCCUCCAUCUAAACGCUGCCAGGCAUUAACAUGUUAACUUUCAACUGUCGAGAGGCUCUAAAGCAUUAUGUUUUCUGACACCUCUCAACCAUCUCAUGAGGUUGUGUGCAUCAUUUUCUUCCUCAAUAUAUCUUUGUAUAGCAUUGCAUUUUAUGUACUUUGGUGUGAAGAUAUUUAUUGUGAUAGAGCAUUUCCUGAAAAAUAACUUUGCGUCAACACUCAUUUUCCUGAAAGCAUGUUUGAGGUCAGUUUGUUCAACAGUAUAAGCACAAAAAAAAAAAAAAACGCCCCGCCUCUUUACUUUGAAAGCACCCUGACUGGAGCACAGUUCAGUUACGGACACUGCAGAGCUUCAGUCACACGCACCAUGAAGAUAUUCACCUUGAUAACAGCUUUAGCUCUCUGCAGCUUUAGCUGGAUCUCUGUCUCAGGUUCUGAGUCUCAGACUGUGGAGUUUAAGACUCUUGAAGAAGUCACACUGACGUGCUCCAACAUGUCCAGCUAUGGAUCGAUGACAUCGUGGGUCAGACUGGUGGACGGAACCAAGGCCAGCUGUAUCACUGUUAUGUUCGACGCUAAGAGCGAUGUUAAAUACUGUGAUGGAGUUCAAAAUUGGAAAUUUGAAAUGAGCUCCAACACCUCCACUCUCUUUCUCAAAAUCAAACACGUGGAUUUAUCUGACUCUGGACAGUAUUUCUGUGGAUUUUACUCAAGUGGCCAUCCAACUUUCAGUGAAAUAUAUACAUUAAAUAUUAAAGAGACUGAUCUCUUCAUCAAUGAGACACAUGAUGACGUAGACAGCCAAUGCAGCCAGUGUGAAAUGAGUGACGGAACAGCAAAGCUGACGAGUAUGAUCCUGGGCGGUCUGACUGUCUUCCUGGUAGCGGUCAUCAUCGGUCUGGUUGUUAAAGUCAGGAAGCUGCAGACAGCUGAUGGAGAAGAACAGAAUCCAGAGCAAAGAGAGAAUGUGGACUCUGAUGAACUGAACUACGCAGCAGUGACAUUUCAACCGAAAGCAAAAAGAAGACAGCCGGAGCCGAAUGUUAUUUAUGCUGCUACCAGAUAAGACUCAGGAGAUAACUGGAGCUGAUGCUGUAAUAAUAUCAAUAUGUUUUGGAGCUUUUGUAGAGCUUGUUGGUGAGAGGAAGAACCACUCUUGCCAAAACAUUUAAUUUUGC